AUGACGGUCACUGCUGUGGCCGCUGGGCAUGAACAGGUAAAGGCGUCUCCACGGCGCAGGGCUGCCGCGCUUCCCUCCUCGCCAGGGGGCAGUUCUUUUCCGCAGGCCCGCUGGGUGACGGCUGCUGAGGAAUUCUUUUUACGAGGUAAUGACAGCUAUUCCAGUACUACAGGUACUGGUCAAAAAUAUCAGAACUGGAAGAUCAAAGCUGAACAAGCUAAGAAGAGACUCCAGCAUCAAUUAAAAUACGUGAAACCUACACCUGAAUUUGUUGACAAGCUCAAAGAGAUGAUGGAAGAAGUUGGAAAUGAAUCAAUGCUUUUAAAGAGGAACAGACAUACUUUUAUGGCAGUGGACCAGCAAGCUAGGUGCCAGCCCCAAAGCACAUGUUUUUAUAAGACCAACAGGAAUGUGUACAGUUUUCAUGAACAUCUUACCCUCUCCCUUUCCCUCUCCCCUGUUGUUCUCCCGCAGUCAAUUAAGAGGUGGAAAGAAAAGAAGCAGCAAGAAAAGCCAAGGAACUUGAAGGAGAAAAAGAAAUCAGAAAGCAUGCUUAAGGAAGAAUCACAACAGCGUGAAGAAGCUCAAAAGCAAAAAGCAGCAGAAGAAAGAAAAAGACAACAAGCAGCAAUAGAAGCAUGGAAGGAGCAGAAAGCAAUGGUAAUGGAACAAGCUUUGCAACUAAAACUAGAAAAAAAAGAAGGAAAAAAGCAACAAAAAUAAUGCCAAUGCCACAUGAAGUUAGUGUUGGAAAAGUAUACCUUGCUGAAGAAAGAAAAGGAGGAACUUAAGAAGUUUGAAAAGGAGAAGAGAGAGGAGGCAGGAAAGGAGGAAAGGAAGAGAAUUGCUGCAGAAGAAAUUAAGUUUCAACAGCGGGAUCUACAGAAACUGAAGCUAAGGAUUAUACAAAAACAAGCUAAAGAAGAGGAAAAACAAGAAAAAGAAAAAAGGCUGGCAAACAAGACAGAAUGUAAGGAGGAGAAUGAUGGAUUCGUAGCAUGA